GGUGACCUUACCGAUGGCGCUGCUGCGCAGACUUCUCCACGGGGUGACCAGGGCGAAGCGCUCCUGGGCCGGUAGGGAUUUGGACGUGGGGCAUGUGGGAGGGAUUGAGGGGAGUGCCCAGCGUGCGCCCUUGACGGUUGCCCCCUCCCUGUCCCGACCCUGUGCAGGCUCACUGGCCGGCAGCUGCCUAUCCGAUCCCAGCCUCUGGGACCGGCUCCACGCCCAGGCGCUGCCCGGAAGUCCCCCUAACUUCGACUGGUUUUUUGGCUACGAAGAGGUUCAGGGGCUUCUCCUGCCCCUACUUCAAAAAGGGGCUCCCCAGGGGUCAGCAGUGGCCCCCCUCAAGGUGCUGGAUGUGGGCUGUGGGACCUCGGAUUUGUGCUCUGGACUUUAUACCAAAUGCCGCCUGCCCUUGCAUGUCCUCGGGGUGGACUUUUCUCCAGUGGCUGUGUCUCACAUGAAGAGCUUGCUGGAAGGGCAUGGAGACCACCCUGAAUUGCGCCCCAAGCACCCUGCUUCCCGUCUGCGUUUCCUGCAGGCUGAUGCCAGGAAUCUGGGCUCUAUCUGUCCUUCUGGGUCCUUUCAACUGGUACUAGACAAGGGCACCUGGGAUGCUGUGGCCAGGGGUGGCCAAACCGGGGCACAGCAGCUGCUGUCUGAGUGUCUUCGGGUGCUGGCCCCCAAGGGCACCCUAGUGCAGUUCUCAGAUGAGGACCCUGAUGUUCGCCUGCCCUGCUUGGAGCGGGGAGCUGGCAGCAGAUUGGUGAUAGUACAUGAACUGGGACCCUUCAGGGGAGUCAACUAUUUUGCUUACUUGGUACAGGCAGCUCAAUAAAACCAAUU